AUGGGCGACCUACAUCUUGAUCGGCCUUUGACGCUGCCAUGCGGUCUCGCGUUGCAAAACCGCUUGGUCAAGGCAGCUACGACCGAGCAACUGGCCGAUUGCGAUGGCCUGCCAACCUCGACCCAAUUCCACCGCCUCUACAGCGCCUGGGCCGACGGCGGAUGGGGCCUAAUGUUGACUGGCGCGGUCCAAGUCGACCAGCGUUACUACGGCGCGCGCGAGGACCUCGCCAUGGACACCACCCGCGUGUCCGAGGAGAAGACGCUCGCCGCAUACCGAAAGCUGGCCGAGAAGUGCAAAAGCAAAGGAACCCCAGCCAUCUUACAGUUGAACCAUCCCGGCCGACAGUCUCCCAUCAGGGCAGGCAAGAGGAGCUACUUCGAAAAGACCAUGGCGCCGAGCAGCGUCGCGAUGGACUUUGGCUCGAGCCUCACACAAAGGACCCUAGCGUCCUUGAUCUUUGGCACGCCGCGCGAGAUGACGGUCCAAGACAUCGAGGAUGUUGUGCAGAGGUUCGCAAGCGCUGCGAGACUUGCCUCUCAAGCCGGCUUUGACGGCGUCCAGAUCCACGCUGCGCACGGGUACCUGCUGGCGCAGUUCUUAUCUGCAAAGACUAACCUUCGCACGGACAAGUACGGCGGAGGAGCAGCGCAGCGAGCCACCCUCGUCGUUGACAUUAUCCACGCAGUGCGCGCCGUCGUGCCACCCAACUUCUGCAUCGGCGUCAAGCUCAACUCGGUGGACCACCAAGCGGCCGUGGACCCCGCGUCGUCGAGCGAGCUGCAGGACGUGCUCGAGCAAGCCAAGGCCAUUGCCGCUGCAGGCGUGGAUUUCAUGGAAGUCAGCGGAGGGUCCUACGAGAAUCCAGUUUUUGUGGGAGACGGUCCCCAAGUCCACGAAAAGUCAGAAAAGACACUUGCACGCGAGGCCUUCUUCCUAGAGUUUGCCAAGGCCAUCCGAAAAGCGUUGCCAACUACGGUGCUCAUGGUAACGGGCGGCUUUCGCACGCGACGGGGCAUGGAGGCAGCCAUCGCCGAAGGCUCUUGCGACUUGGUCGGCUUGGCCAGACCAGCGAUCCUGCGGCCGUCAUUACCAAAUGCCACGAUCCUCAAUCGCGAUGUAUCCGACGACGAGGCGCGGGUUGCGACCAAGCACAUUGCCAUACCCUGGAUUGUCAAGUAUCUGGGCGUCAAGGCCUUGGGCGCUGGCGUCGAGAGCUCUUGGUACUACGGGCAGAUGAAAAGGAUGAAGUAG